UGCCAUUUCCAGCAGCUCUUCCGAGAGCAGUUACAACAGUUGUGCAGUCUCGACUCGAACUUAUGCCAUUGUGCCCUUUUGUGAGACUCUAAGGGUCUGGAUGUGUCCUAAAGGUUCGUUUGGACUACUGGCUGCAGAUCAUGGCUCAUUAGUGGUAGAAGAAGCAGUGCUCGGGCUACUCCUGGGGUCUGAUACAAUUUGCACGUGUUAUGCUGUGGGACUUGAACUCCAUUAACAUGAAUAGAGAGAUUGAAUUCCAGACACAAAAAUAGAAGCAGAAUCUGAAUGAGCUUAUCCAUGGGGGCUAGGAAGUUUUUGGUCACCAGUAGAAGGUGAACCUCUCGGUGCUUUGCAAUGAUAUACCCAUGUAUGCAAGAUUAAAUCACUAUUUUAUUCACCCUCAUGGAGUAAUGCUGAACAUUUGGGCCUUGCCAUUGCCACUGUGUAUGCACAGCAUGAUGGAAAUGAGGUUAAUGCACAAGAAAUGAUUUCUGAUUAAGCGUGGGAGUAACCUAUGUUUGGUAAGAGGUGAAAUAUGCAUUUCUGGGCUGCAUAAGGAAUCCGGAGAUUUGCAGAACUUGGACAAGAGUUUUCUGACCAAACUUCUAUUUUCCUAGAAGCUUGUGACCACAGAGGUUCAUAUCAGCUUCAUGGAAAUUUGCUGAACGCCCUUCCAUUGCUGGAAUGCACUGUGGAACUUUAAAAGAAUGGAUACCUAGCUGCUUGGAAGUAAAGCCUUAAGGCAGCUCUUAAUAUUUUUAUACUUUCAGCAGGGAUUUCAAAUCUGGACAUUUUUUGCUAGAAAAUCAUUAAAUAUGACAAGCCUGUUCCGACGGAGCAGUAGCAAUGGUAGCUCGAGGAAUAGUUCCUCAAACAAUUCAUCACAAGAACUCAACAACAGUCGUCCAGCACGGCAGGUGCGGAGACUAGAGUUUAAUCAAGCUAUGAAAGACUUCAAAACUAUGUUUCCUAAUAUGGAUUAUGAUGUCAUUGAAUGUGUUUUGAGAUCAAACAAUGGUGCAGUGGAUGCUACUAUUGACCAGUUGUUACAGAUGAACUUUGAUCAUGGGUAUGAUGACAGUUCGGACUCUGACGACAGCAUUCCACAAGAGAUUUUAGAGCGGACGUUGGAGCCUGACAGUUCUGAUGAAGAGCCUCCACCAGUUUAUUCACCUCCUUCUUAUGAUAUGCAUAUAUAUGAUCGACAAUACCCACUACAAACACCGCCCACACCACCACCCAGGUUUGAUGUACAGAGCAACAGCACCUCACAAACACAAAGAAGGUACAGAAAUUGGAAUCCUCCAUUGCUAGGUAACCUGCCAGAUGAUUUCCUACGCAUUUUGCCCCAGCAGAUGGACAGUGUGAAGAGUUCCCAGAGCAUGCAUCAGCUGGAACCUCAGGGGAGUAGCCAGAAUUCCCAGCGAUCCCUGGAUCAGGAGAGAAAGCUGAGGCAGUACUUGGAGGAUGAGCGAAUAGCACUGUUUCUCCAGAAUGAGGAGUUCAUGAAGGAACUGCAGCGAAAUCAUGAAUUCCUUCUUGCUCUGGAAAGAGAUCGCUUGAAAUAUGAAUCAAAAAAAUCUAAGUCCCUCAACUCCGCUGGCAGUGCUGAUGGUAGUUGGACAGCAACUCUCCCAGGUGAUUUAAGUUUCCCUGCAGCCACCGAAGCGGGAACUACUGUGUGUGAUGAUGCCAUGUUCAGGGACAAACUGAAACAUAUGGGGAAAUCUACUCGUAAGAAGUUAUUUGAACUUGCCAGAGCUUUUUCAGAGAAGACAAAAAUGAGAAAGCCCAAAAGAAAACAGCUACUUAAACACCAGUCACUUGGGACGGCAGCAUCUACAGCAAAUCUCCUGGAUGACGUGGAAGGGAAUUCUUGUGAUGAAGAUCUUCAGCUAAAAAAACAGUCCCUGCAAGAAACAGAAGAAGAAGAAGAAGAAGAACAGAAAACAGAGGGCUCGUAAAAAUUAUUCAAGGCCAGGAUUGUAGUUUCUUCUUCUGAAAUUGACUUAUGUCAAGCUACUGAGGGAAGUGUCUCAUGACAAACCUAAUGACAAGUCCAGGACGUUUGCUUUUCCUUUUUCUGCUAUAGUAUCCCUGGAAGUGUUUAAUACUGGCACAGUUUUGUAAUAUAUUUUUAAGAGUCGUUGUAUCCACAAAGAAGAAAAUACAGGCCACGUAACUGACAUUUAAUUACCUUUGAGGAGAUGCUGGAUUUGUCCAUUCUUAAAAAGUGUUUUGGGACACUACAGAGGAAACUUUGCUUCAGAACCAUAAAACAGAGGUUGCACAUAACCAGGGGACUGGUUUAAAACCCUGUUUUUAAUAUCUUUGUAACAAGUACUAUGUUAUUGUACUGUGUAAAUUACCUCAAGAAUUAGCCACUUUUGUAUCCCCAUAGCCUUAUAAAUAAUGUUUGGAUUGUAGUCAAAUGAUGCUGGAAAUCUGUGCACUGACGAGCAGAACUGUAGCCCAACAUUUUGUAAAAGUUCAGUAGGGGGAAAAAAAAACUUUUCUGUUUGCAGUGGUGACCAUCCCAAAUCUGUGUAGGCCACCCUAUGAAUAUCAUACACACACGCAUGUACAAGCAGGGUAUAACUUGAGUGUUACCCUGCUGUGUACUGCAUGAUGGAUUUAAGAACUAUUUGUUGCUGUGUAUACAGCCUGUUUAAAGUAACUGCAUAGAGGCGAGCUGCUGUUUUGUUUGCUCAUUUAGCUUUAAAGCUAGUAUGUAUGAAUGUGACAUCCUGGAAUGCAGCAGGGAAGAAGUAUGUGAUGCUUUCCAGGGUUUAAGCUUCAGACGUAGAUGUAUAUUUUUGUUAUAUACCCCUGAUCAGUGAGAUGGUUUAUGUUUGUUUAUAACAUAUCACCUUAAUUGUUUUUGGGUGAUGUAAGUGUCUUUGUGAGACAGAAAAGUUUGUAGGGCCAUUGUAUAUGGCACUCCAUCAUCAACUUUUUUUUUUUAUCCCAAUUAAUUUUAAAUUAAUGUCUAUAAAAAGUAGCAUGUGCUUUUAUAUAUUAUUGGAUGGUAUGAAACUAAUGAAUAUUGGCCUUUAUACAGUUAUUCAGGUUAGAUAACAAUGACAAAGCAGAGGGCAAGGGGGUACAUAUUGAUGUCUGUCAUCAACUGUGGGGUGGAUGGCUUUGAGAGGAAGGUAAAACAAAAUGUUCAAAUAUGAAAAUCUACAUUGUUAACAAAAAAAAGUCUAAUUUUGCAGUACAGUUUGAUUGUGUUGUGCAGUGAUCAAAUCCCUUAAAAGUUCUACUGGCCUAUAAUAUAUAAAAUCUAUUUGUUGUGUGGUGGAACCUUGCCUGUUUUAGAUAAGCUUUCCAUUUUCUUAGAUUACCAGUUAACAUUGCCAGACCUGGGAAUUAGUUCAGUAAAUGAAUGAUUAUUUUUGUGGUUAGACAAGUGGCAAACCAGUACAGCAAAGUAGACAGUAUUAGAGCUAAGUGUAGCAGUUCUCUUUCCAGAGAAAUGUCACUGAUGUAGCUGAAGGCAGUUUCUGAUACCUAUUUUCUGCCAGGUUAUACUACAGUUUCUCUUGUACAGCAUCUGUUUGUAUAAUAGCCUUCAAUCGCCAAAGUCACAAGACUUCUAGAAGCAACAAUGAUACCCAUAAUAUGGGAACCUUUGAAUGAGGUGUAGUAAAACUAUAGAAAGGGAGAAGAAAAAGAAAGCCAUUAAUUUUCAGCAUUACUGAACUGUUGUUGAACUGAAUCAACUGUAACAUAACUGGGAUUUCAUUCAGUCUAUCCUAAUGCAUACUUUCUGUUUUGUACAGCAGUUAUGAAAUUGGUAUGAGUACACUUUGAGGGAUGACAUAUUCAGCUUAAUGUGUUAUGUUUAUUUGAUUUUCUUAAGUGUUUGCAAACAUAUCAUGAGUAGCAACAUAAGUAUUUUGCAAGAUGCACAUAUCAUUUUAGUAAGUAACUUAAAGAUGACUAAAGCAAUGGUUCAGAUUUUUCUUAUUCUUAUUUAGCGAGGCUGUUAACUCAAAACUUACAUACUGAUGUCCUUUGUGUCCACCUGGGUUAAAGGACGGCCGUCAAUGACUCUGCCAUUAUUCCUUGCCAUUUAUCCUAUCUGAAGGUAUUCCUUGCACUCCUCCGAUACAGAAAAAGGAUUUUCACAGGCUUUGCCUGUUCUCUCUUUAAUUCUUUGCAGGAUGUCCUAGUUUUCCAAGGAAAGGACAACACCAUCCUCACUGCUCACAGUUUUGCAGAAAUUGAGUUGUGAGAUAGGGUGUAUAUUAUAAGAUCGACGUUUUAAAACAUCGAACAGCAUAUGGUUGACACCUCCAAACAUCCACCUUAUAAAAAGCCAAAAAAAAAAAAAAAAAGUACCUUAACGGGUUUAAGCAGGGGGGCAAGCACCCCUGCACCCCCCCAC